AUAGGCUACAGAAAACGAGAAUUCAAUCUUCUUACUUCUCAAUCAAUCAAAUUAUUCUCUUGCUAUUUCUAUCAUGAAGCUUCUGGCUACUUUCCUUCUACUUGCUGCAGCUGUCUCUGCCUGCAGUGAUCCUGCUUACAGGUGCAAGAAUCCCCAGGGAACUAAAUCAGCCGACUACUCCAAAACUGUGGAGAUCUGCUCCGAAGUCGCUGAUGGAGCCAAGAUGUGCUAUUGCUAUGGCGCAGCUGAGGAUUAUUGCUACCUUGAAAAUGCAGAAAAGGUGAAGAAGUUCAUAGACUACUGCAAGAGAGAAGAUCCAUGGUACGCUGCGGCCUGUUAGACCACAGCAACAACUUUCCAGAGAACAAGGAUACCAAAGCCAUGUACCGUUGCUGCCUUUUGUGCAAAUGCCAUCGGAUGCUCUAUGGGCUUUUUCUGAUACUGUUGCUACUUGUGUUUCGCUCCACUGAGGACUUCCCAUUCCAGUGCUUGUUUCUCCCUGUAUUUAUGGAUUUGUUUGAAGCUGGC